AUAGAAAUGGUUCACAAUUUUCUCUUUUAUACGCUUGGGAUUCUGGCAGUGUUAACUUCCGUGUGCAAGGGAGCCGCACAGUGCGAAAAUGGUAGACUAUCAGAAGAUGCCAUCAACAGCCAGGUUUUGGAUGUGAUAAAUGGAAAACGCUCGCUUGUGGCUAGAGGACUAGAGACUAAUGCCAAAAAUGCAAAAGAUGGAGAAUAUUUGCCCAAAGGAAAAGCUAUGAACAAACUGACUUGGAGUUGCGAUCUUGAAGCCGAAGCAUUGACUUUUGUUAGUUCUUGCUCGGAUGACAAGCCGGAUCCUGCACCUGGAAAAAGUCAAAUAUAUUUUCGAGAUUAUGACUAUGAUUACGAAUUAUCAUUUGUGAUAGGUGAUCUUUUCCUGGCUAUCGAUAGUGAAGCACUUGUUGUGAAUACAAAUGCUGUCACUUAUGACGGACAAACGAAUUUACUAAACUACGCAAACCUGAUUCGAGCAUCGAUCACGGAAAUAGGGUGCGGCUGGCGGAAAUGCUCAGGUGCACAUCCGACGUACAUCCUGUAUUGUCUUACAAAUCAACCGGAACUGACAAAUGGAGAAAUCAUUUAUGAACAGGGGAAUGGCAAUUGUGACAGCUGUCCGGCAGAUACAAUCUGUGAAGCUGCAGAAAGUUUAUGUUACCGUAAUGCCCCAUUAACAACUACAACAAACUCGAAAACAACAACAUCGACCACAACUACAAGGACAACAACAAGCACACCGCCAACAACAACAUCAACUACAACAACAAGAGUGACAACAACAUUGGCGACAACAACGCAAGCAACAACGACACCAGCAAAAUCUGAAGCGAUUCUGCCGCUUGCAAAUCCAGGCGAAAACAUGCAAUGUCCGGAGAACAUUGGGAUGACCGAUACGCUUCGAAUGCAUUUUCUUGAUACAACAAAUUACCGCAGAUCAAUACUAGCUAAAGGUCAGGUAACUGAUAACACAAAUCAACUGUUACCUACUGCUACAAACAUGUUCUUAUUGAUCUGGGACUGCGAGCUAGAAAAAAAUGCCAUUGAUUAUGUCAAAACUUGCCCAACUACCACCUACAUCACUAGAAAUGAUGAGGAAGCUGGGGAAAAUAUCCAUCGAGUCCCUAUUAGCAGCGAAGUUCCCACUUACAGAGAUGCUAUCAAGAACGCAGUGGUAGCGUGGUGGAAAGUCGUGCGCCAAUAUCCUGGACCUGGAGCCACUGCAAUGUUUUACCCAAUGCAUUACGACAGUCCCAUAGCUUCCUAUACCCGAAUGGCUUGGUCUUCUACGAGGAGAUUGGGAUGCGCAAUUGGCCAGUGCUCUUCCGAGUAUGUUGUUAUAUGCAGAUAUCUUCCAAGGGGAAAUGCCAUCUACUAUCCGAUGUACAACGUUGGAUUAGUAUGCUCAGCAUGCCCAAUAGGAACCAGCUGUCAAAUUAGUCUAGGUCUUUGUGGAUGAAACAAAUUAGAAGUGUGUUCCAUUGUAUCAACAAAAGAUAAUGUCCGUUUUCUACGUUACUAUCUUGACAUUGACUAUUCGUGAUAGAAUCAUAAAA